AAGGUGAAGAGUUCCGGCUCCGAUUCCUGAGCGACGACUCGGUGGUGGGUGGUGAGCAAUGGCGGGAGACGAUGGUGGCGCCGUGGAGAUGGGGAGCCACUACAACCUGCAGAUGGUGUGGAGAGGCUACGGGAGGAAGUCGGCACUGACCGUGGGGUUGAGGGAGUGGAGCAAUUUCCCCAAGCUUAGGCCAUUUCAGCGACUUGCUAGCCUCAUCAGAUUUUGGGGCAGUAUAGCCCAGAAUCUUGUGCAUCACGGUGAAAAGCUGUGCUUUAGAUGCUUUGAAGAAGCAAGUGCAAAGAGACUUCCACCCCAGACGCUUGAUGCAGAGUUCCAAGAACACGGUGGUUCUUUUGAUUAUUUACAGUCGGUUCGAGAAAUAAAAUCUCUUUAGAGAUAAUUAUUUAUGCUUGAAGCCAGCCAUGGACGAUUUCCAAGUUCCACUCUUCUCUCUUCUUAUCCUUUUGCUCUCUCCUCCUCUAUCAUCUCUUAGCCAGACUCAAUAGGAAUGGAAAAACCCUGUUCAGAGAGAGAGAGAGAGAGGAGCGGGAGGAAUCACAUGACAGCCACAUGGUCUCCUUCUAUUCCUUCCAAAUACCUCUCUUCUUCUAAUCCAGCCAACAAGAGUAUUAUUUGUAUUUUGUAUCUUGAUUUAUUAUCUCAUGUGAUAAUCAUAU